UAUAUACACACAAGCAUUACAUAACAAUAAAACAAAGAAAAUAUCAUCUCUAAUUUACAAAACAUUAGAAGCUCUCUUUGUUGUGAUAUAUUGAUCAUGGCCAAAAUAUCAUGUUCUUAUUUCUUCAUACUCAUGUUUGUGUUCUCAGCUUUUGUAUUGGUUGAGAAGGUUAAGGGAGAUGAACGUUGUACUAUAAUCAUUCAUCCAGGAUCUCCAUGUGACCCUCCUGAUUGUCGUCUAUACUGUUUUGCGGAAUACAAUGGAGUUGGAGAAUGUAUUGCAUCCAAACCUGGUAGAACUGCUAAUUGUAUGUGUACUUAUAAUUGUUAA